UUUCCCUCUUUAAAGCCCAACGGUUCUUUUGCCACGCAUUAAGCCUUGUGGCGUUGCCACAUCGUCAAAAUUGUUUCCAUGACAACAGUUCUUUUGAAACCAAAACAAAACGAAAUUUCUUUUAGUAAUUUUCUUUCCAUGCAAUGCGCUUGCCGCAAAUCUUUCACAGUUGGCACAAACGUCUACGGCGAAUGUUUGAAAAGAGCACAGAAGGUGGUGAUAAUGCCACGCCCAGCAUCCAGGACAUUGCCGGUCGAUUGGCGGAGGAGCAGCAGCGACUGCGGCAGCUGGAGGCCAGCUCAAUGCCGAAGGAGCGGACAUUGCUGGUGCUGGGCAGCAAAUGUGUGGGCAAAUCAACCGCCAUCAACAAGUUCUUUGAUCGGGAGGAGCACACAACGCGUCCCACUUUGGCACUGGAGUACAGUUUUGGGCGCCGCAUUGGCAGUGGCAGGACGCCGCAAGUCAUGAACGUUUGGGAGUUAGGCUCUCUGGACAAUGCCGAUCAGUUGCUGGAGGUGCCCAUGCGGACACAUGGCCUCCAGCAGCUGGCAGUAUUCAUAAUGGUGGAUCUGUCGCAGCCGCAACGCUUCUGGACGGACCUGGAGUGCGCCUACAAGGGUCUGAGGGACACAUCGCAGGAGCUGCUGGCACGAAUGACACCGCAGCUGAGGGAAACUCUGGAACAGCGAACCCUAGAGCGAGUGGGGCAGCAGAAUAAGGAGGAUUUGGGCACGCUGGAGCCACUGCCCUUCCCUGUUGUGAUUGUUGGUGGGAAAUACGAUUUGUUCAUGACUCUGGAUCCAUCUUUAAAGAAGGCCAUCUGCCGCUGCCUGCGCUCCAUGGCGCAUCACAUUGGUGGCGCUUUGCUCUUCUACUCGCAGAAGGUGCCGAAGCUCUCGAAGGUGCUGCGGGACACCAUCAGUCACAUGGGCUUUGGCUCACCCAGUCAUCCAUUUCGCUCUCAUGUCACAGACCACAAUGAGCCGCUGUCGAUUUGGUUUGGCACUGACAGCUGGUCGCGUAUUGGCGACACGGGUGUUCAGAGUGUGGAGCGCAUUGGAGCCACCUUUGGCGUGGCUGUGCCCCAGUUGCAGCUGGAGAAGCAGCAGCUACAGGCACCCCCAGAUCCGGCAAAGGAUCCCGGCUUCAAGGAGUCCCUCAUCGAUGAGAUGCGCUCGCAGAAAAACGAAGAACUUGCAACAAUCAUGAGGGAUGUACUGCUCAGGGGAAAGUUUGAAAGUGUUCAAAAUUAAAUCUAGAAAACGUUUCUACCGAUGUCAUU